UGAUUACCAAACGUCGAUUCAUGCAAAUAUAUAGUCCCAUUGGAUCCCAAUGAGGUCGGAAGAAUUUUGGGAACAGUCCAUCUAACCCCAAACUUUCAAAAGUUUAGUGCUAAAAGCUGCCAGCUUCGCCUCCUCAUCUGAUUCGGAACAAACUCUUUGUUCUUUUCAUCUAUAAAAUUUAGAGAGAGAAACUGUAAAGCUUGAUAAAUCCCAAGGGAUCCUUGAUGUAUACAGAGACUGAAAGUAGUUUCUGAUUUCCAAAUCAAUUUCUUCCUCCCCGUUCCAACCUUCUGCAAUGCCGCUACUGCCGAUGAAGCAGCAAAUUGUAAAUCCUUCUGAGCUACUAUUUCCAAUUCAACCAAUUGAGUAUACCAAUUCACUCAUACCAUUUUAGCCUAUUAGCAGAAAAGAGAGAGAGAGAGAGAGAGAGAGCGGACGUGACAGGUGAUCGAUCGAGACUCGAGAAAGAUAUUCCGGCGCAGGAGAGGGGUCGAUCAGCAAGGCAUCUUCAGAGGUUAUUCCAGGCUACCAGAGGGACCUUCGAUCCCUGUUACAGCAGCAAGCAUCAAGGCCAGCAGCAGCUAUCAAUAUUUCCUUCAGUUUUUCUCUCUCCAAGGGCUGAAAUCAAGAUUCUGUGGAUCUCUUCAACCAGCCAUCAGAACCAGUUCAACUUUUUAGGUUUUUGUUGCCACAACAGGACCUACAAUCGAUCCAAGUUGCAACCCCAUUGGAGCUGUUUUGAGCCAGCCACACCUCUCUCUUUGAACCCCAAUCGCAAGUUUCUCUCUCCUACUUUUGGAAAGAGAGAAUGAACAAAGCAGGGGGAGUGGGAAUUGGAGUUGGUGGUGGCAGUGGGCCAACAGCGGCAGCAGCUGCAGCUGCAGCUCAGAAGCAGAAAACUCUGUUGCAGAGAGUGGACACUGACAUAACCGUCAUGGUUGACAAUUUCAGUCAUUUGAUUGGUGUUGCUAGGGUAAGUGACCCACCAGUCAGGAAUUCACAAGAAGCAUUCAUGAUGGAGAUGCGUGCGGCCAGAAUGAGAGCUUGAAACCCAUUAUUAUUCAUCCAUUCAAUGUACAGAUCAACCUGAACCAUGAGGUUCAAAAAGGCACCAACAAUGAAGAUACUAAGGCAGGAGUGUUUGAUAGAUCCAAAUCAAACUGUUGACAAGUUGAUUGCUUUGAACCUACGAUCCUUAUAAAUCAUAUGCCUAUAUUGAAUACACCAUAAUUUUUCGAUUUCCUUUUGCUGUUGUUUGUGCAACAACAGUAAGUUAAAUCAUUUCAUUUUUUUGGGGAAGGAGGCAGAGGGGUUGUAUUUGUAAUUUUGAUAUUGUCCUAGAUCAGAUCGUUAUAAUGAAACUAUUAACUUCUUACUUC